UAUAUAUAUAUAUAUAUUAAUUGAACGAUUAUUAAUUAAUAUUUAUAAUAAAUAAAAAAUUUAAAUAUAAAUGUUUAAUAAAAUCAUCAUUAUAUGAGCUGAAAAUUUUAUUAAUUGAAAAGUCCCAAAUUAUUUCAACCAGAGCCAUCAUUUCCGCAGCAGCUCAUUCAUUUGCUCUAUUUUCAAACCUUUAGAAGAUACAAAAUUUUGCAAAAAAGAAAAGAAAACUUGGCAGAUAAAUUGAAAAAAAGGUCUGGUGGAAUUUAAAUAAUAUUUAAAGGGAAUUUGGGUGGCGUUGUCGUCGGUUGGUUGUCUCCUCCUUUUGUUGCGCGAAGCAAUGAGGACUAUGGCGAUGCCUUGCUCAUUCCCUAUAUUUACCCGCUUAAAUGUUAACAAAACCCACCUUUCUCCUGUCUUAUUACCGUUUUGCCACUCCUCUUUCUCUCUCAGUCAUCGUCGCUCUCUUUCCAUGGCUUUUGCAACUCAGCCAUCCACUCAGCAGGCUGUGUCACCUGGGGAUAUUAAUAGUGAUGCCAAUGUGUUUCAGUUGAUCCAAACUCACCAGAAAAAGGCAGCUCGACUUCCUCCCGUUGAGGAAAUUAGAACCGUGCUUUAUCACAGUAUCCGUGGCAUGCUAUCAACUUUUUCUCAGAAGGUCGAGGGUUAUCCAUCAGGGUCAAUGGUUGAUUUUGCAUGUGAUAUCGAUGGAUCUCCAAUAUUAGCAGUGAGCAGCUUGGCAACUCAUACAAAGGACCUCUUAGUUAAUCCCAAAUGCUCAUUGCUUGUUGCUAGAGAUCCGGAGGAUAGGACUGAUUUGGUAAUCACCCUGCAUGGUGAUGCUGUUUCUGUUUCUGAGAAAGAUAAAGCUGCCAUUCGAACUGCAUAUCUGGCAAAGCAUCCCAAUGCAUUCUGGGUUGACUUUGGUGACUUCCAAUUCAUUCGCAUUGAACCAAAAGUUGUGCGAUAUGUGUCAGGAGUUGCAACUGCUUUGCUUGGAUCAGGAGAGUUUAGCAAAGAAGAGUAUCAAGCUGCUAAAAUUGAUCCAAUAGCUCAGUUUUCUAAACCUGUUGCGUCUCAUAUGAAUAGAGAUCAUGCUGAAGAUACAAGGCUCAUUGUGCAACAUUCAACAUCAAUUGCGGUGGACUCUGCCUACAUACUAGACAUUGAUAGUCUUGGAUUCAAUGUUAAGGCUGUUUAUCAAGGAAGUACUUACAAGCUUCGGAUUCCUUUUCCUAGACGCACUGAAGAGAGAAAGGAUGUGAAGACUCUAGUUGUGGAAAUGCUUCAAGCUGCGAAGUCUCAAUUCUCAAGUUAAAUGAUACCAUGCCGAGAAGGGAACAAAUAGGAUUCUGCAGCACAUUACAAUCGCAGCCUAGUUGAUAAUUGAUAUGAAUGUAGCAAACAAAAUACACAUAUAAAUGCUAAAAACUAAACAAUCACCAGGGUCUUGGCGGCUUGCUCCUCGUACAUACUAUUGGACAGCAUACUUAGCUGCUCAAGGGGUGCAGUCAAAGAGUUGAAUUAUAAGCUCAAGAAAUGUUUGAUUGCAAACUGAUGUAAAAAUUUGUAAAACCAUAAUACUAACGCAUGUUUCUUCUGCUCUAGUAUUUUCUAUGGUAAGAAUGUAUUGAAUCCCCAUAGAUUUGGAUUAAGAGAGCUAAUAAUGUGAGAUCUCUGGAUUUGUGCUUUGCAA